AUGUUUAUAAAAUGCUUUUUUCAUUAGUAAAUGAUGAAGAAUUUAAAAACCUUUCAUAAGUUGAUUAAAACAUUUUACUGUGGGCUACUCUUUUGCAUGAUAUAUGUAAGAUUGGUGAGCCUACUAUUAAGGGUAAAGACCAUUGUCAUCCUUUUAAAAGUGGCUAUGAAACCUUAAAGAUUUUCAAUUAAUUAAAUUUUGUUAAUCUAACCAAAAACUAAUUGUAGGAAUGGGAAGCUAUAUUUAGUUAAGGUUAUCAUCCUUGCAAAGAAGAAAAAGGAAAAUUUCUCCAUAACAAUUAGAUAGUAAUUUAAGUCAAAUAAUUUUUAGACAGUGUCUAUGGAAAUAGUCAGAUAAAUCCUCAAAAAGAAGUCAUUCUUUUAAUAUUCCUUCAUCAAAGUCUAAGCUUGA